AGAUUAAAGUAUUAUUGAUAAAAACUGACAGAAGCUAUAAUAGCAAAGGAUAUCCUAUGUAAGACUACUCUUGUCACUGUCGUUACACUGGUUGGAAGAUGCGCCUACUCGUAUUUUUAGUGCUUGUUGGUGCGGCCUGCGCAAAGCCGCAACAAAAUGGCCGUAUCAUAGGUGGAACCCUCGCAAGCAUCUACACUUACCCCUUCAUGGCCAACACGAAUUGGCAAUGGGGUGGGAAUUUCCACCCUGGAGGCGGCGGCACUCUCAUCACGCCCACAAAUGUGGUGGCUGCACCUUCUUUUAUAGGCGCGAGUCCACGUGCUGAGGAUCAAGGGAUACGCUUAGGAACAACCGAAUUAACCGGCGGUACCUUGCUCCUUGUUUCUCAGGUCAUCGUACACAGUGGUUUUGACAAUAGAAGGCGUGAACAUGAUAUUUUAAUCAUGAGGCUCAGAACCGCCGCACCACUCUCCAACAGAAUCAGACCUGCUCGGAUCGCAGGGGCAAAUUAUGCGCUCCCGGAUAACCAGCGGGUCUACAUUGCAGGAUGGGGUAUUUAUAAUCCCGGAGUCGGAAUCCCUCGAUCACAGCAGCUAAGACAUGUGGAUGUCCGCGUUGUAAAUCAUGCGCUCUGCACACAGCGCUAUGCGGAACUUAGGACCCAACCAGGUUUCGAAAAUAUGCGCCAAGUGUUUCCUGGAAACCUGUGCACCGGUCUGCUCGACAUCGGUGGCCAGGACUUUUGCACCUGGGACUAUGGCGGCCCCGUCGUGCACCAAGGCGAUAUUCUCGUCGGAGUUAUAUCAUGGAACUUUUUAUGUGGCCAUCCCUUCUAUCCAGGAGUUAGCACCGACGUAAGAGCUUACGCUAAUUGGAUAGUCCAAAAUAGUUAACUAAGACAUAUCUAGUAAUAAAUGAAAUUACAGGAUAAAAGAAA